AUGAGUGAAUUAUUCAACUCUCUUUUAUCAAAUACAAGCAUUAUUGACUGCACCCAUACCAUAAAUGAAAAUACCGUUAUUUGGCCUGGCGAUCCUACAUUUUCUCGCAGAAGUUUUAACGACCAAGAAUACUCGAUUGAGACUUACCAAUUUAUUGGAGGCUCCGCAACACAUAUUGAUGCCCCAAAGCACUUUUUACCAAAUGGUAGAACUAUCUCUGAUCUUCAGCCAAAUGAGCUUAUCUCUGAAGGAGUCCUCAUUGAUGUUGCUUCUAAAUGUGAAAAAAAUAAUGACUAUGAAUUAUCAAUUGAAGAUAUCAACCUAUGAGAAUCAAGAAAUGGGAGAAUUCCUUGCCGUUCUAUUGUAUGUAUGAGAACAGGCUGGGGUGCUAAAUUCAAUAAGCCAGAUGAAUAUAAAAAUCAUAACCCUGAAGAAGAGCAUCCUCAUUACUCUGGAGGAGUUAUGCAUUUUCCUGGGUUUUCCAGAGAAGCUGCUGAAUUUUUAUGCAGAGAAAGAAAUAUAAACGCUAUAGGAAUAGACACUCUUUCUCUAGAUCCUGGAAAAUCAGUAGAUUUCGAAGUACAUUAUACGAUAUUUAGAAAUAAUAAAUACCAAAUCGAAAAUAUGAAAUUGGAAAACUUGCCCGACAAAGGGUUUGUGAUGAUAGCAUUGCCAUAUCCAGUAGAAAAUGCUCCUGAGUUUUUGGCUCGAGUUAUUGCACUAGUAAAAAAUGAAUAA